AUGUUCAUAAGAUACCUCCUAUGCCUCCAGUUCUGGGCACACAUUGUUUCUGGGCGCCUGCCCUGUCCCCCUGUGACUCGUGCCCUCCUGGAAUCCUACACAAUCCAGGCGGAACGUGGAAACUAUGUUGAUGAUGAGGAUGUCAACAAAAUCAAGUCACAUACUGAUUAUUAUUUUGGGACCAUUGACACCGAGGAGAUGGAGGACUUGGCGGUAAAUUUCUACAAAGCACAAUCAGAAGCUGUAAUGAUGAUCACGGAAGUAGUCUCUGCCUCUCCGGAAAAGACUGAGAUAAAAGCAGAGGCCUCUGCUAAGGGCAGGAAGAAGACCCAGAUGAUGAAGUGUACUGUGGUCCUCUUAACUGGUUUCAAAUACCUCUGUGAGGUAGAGAAAAAUUCAGUGGGACAAGCAUUAUUGGACAACGUAUGUGACCAUCUGGAUGUGCUAGAAAGGGACUAUUUUGGGCUCAUGUUUUACGAAAAUGUUGAGGAGAAGAUCUGGCUUGAUCCCACAAAAAAGAUAAAAACACAAAUGCGAAAUCGCUCCUGGCUUUUUACAUUUAAUGUAAAAUUUUAUCCAUCUUGUGCUUCUCAGAUGACUGAGAGUAUUUCCAGAUACCUCCUAUGCCUCCAGAUCCGGGCAGACAUUGUUUCUGGGCGCCUGCCCUGCCCCCCUGUGACUCGUGCCCUCAUGGAAUCGUACACCAUCCAAGCGGAACGUGGAAAUUAUGUGGAUGAUGAGGUCCUCAACAAAAUCAAACCACAUACUGAUUAUUAUUUUGGGUCCAUUGACACCAAGAAGAUGGAGGAAUUGGUGUUCAAUUUCUACAAAGCACAUAUUGGCAUAGCUUCAGCAGAAGCUGAUUAUCAGUUCAUAGAGCACGCCAGGGGACUGCCCAUGUAUGGGGUUCAUCUGCAUGAGGCCAAGAACAUCAAGCUGGUUGUGUCUGGCAAUGGCGUGUUCAUCUAUAAGGAAGAGCUGACGUUCUGUCGCUUUGACUGGGGUAACAUUGCAAAGGUCUCCUGUAAGGGCAGUGAGUUUUUACUCAGACUGAGGCUCGAAGAGAAGAACAAAUUUGAUGGCACCAUUGCAUUUCAAAUGCCAAGUCCCCAGGCAGCCAAAAGGUUCUGGAAGGAGUGUGUGGAGCAACAUACCUUUUUCAGACUGGAGCAGGCACCUAAAGCAAGAUUUCUCGCCUGGUACAAAUUUAAGUACAGUGGCCGGACCCUGGCACAGGUCUGCCAGGCAAACGCCUUUACUCGCAGGGAAACACCAACGGUUAAGCGUACUCCUCCCAUGUAUAUCUAUGCGCCUUUCAUUGAAGAUGAAAUUGGUCCUUUGGACAAGUGCUAUGAAGGACGUUCCUGGAGAGAUAACAUCAAAUGGCCCUGGCGUCGUCAUCUUUGCCAUCGUAUCACACAGGGCCAGCAGAAAGACACCAAGAGGACUAAAGUCCUGCACUUUUUGAAAGAAACAGAGGCCAGGUCCGACAGACCAACACCGUUAUCUGUGGCUAUGGCCAUGAUAUUGGCUGCUAAUUCAGCAUUCAAGGACAAACACCUCCUCAUGGUGGAUGAGGACGGCAAAACACCCAUUUGA